CGUACACUAUUAAUCAACAUGGCAAACCGUGGAAACUGGUCUAACCGCCUGGAGUUUUUGUUUUCGUGUAUAGGAGUUACUGUUGGUCUUGGAAAUAUAUGGAGAUUUCCGUAUAUCUGUUACAAAAACGGCGGAGGUGCCUUCCUCAUCCCGUAUUUCCUGUUUUUGAUUAUUAUUGGUACUCCGGGUAUAUUCCUACAGUUCACCUACGCGCAGUACUCCAAUCUCGGACCGGGAAAAGUAUGGGAAUGCUGUCCUCUAUUCAAAGGAAUUGGUUACGGUAUGAUGACACUAACAGCUGUGUUAGGAUUGUAUUACACUGUCAUCAUCUCCUGGACCCUGUACUAUUUUGGGAUGUCCUUUUCAUCUACCCUCCCGUGGUCGACAUGUGAUAACGAAUGGAACACGCCGAUGUGUUCCGCAAGGACCAAGUGGGCUACCAACGGAACAGGAAAUUCUACCAUGAUGAAAAAUCUUACAAAUGCUGCUUCUCAUGCAUUUCUAAAUGGGACGGCUUUGAAAACGCCACCAGAGGAAUUCUGGGAAAAGAAUGUCUUGGAGCUUACAGAAGGGAUCCAGACGCUGGGUACGGUCCGCUGGGAGCUUGUUCUGUGUGGCUUGGUCACGUCCGCCAUCAUAUUUCUCUGUCUCAUAAAAGGAAUUCAUACAUCUGGAAAGGUGAUGUACGUAAUGGCGACGGUUCCCUACGUGUUCCUGUUGACUCUACUGAUUCGGGGUCUUACUCUUCCAGGAUCUUUGCAGGGGCUGAAGUAUUACAUGGUGCCAAGAUGGGAGGAGCUGCUCAAAUUUUCCGUGUGGGUGGAUGCCGCCACACAGACCAUCUACUCCCUCGGUUUACCUUCAAGUGCACUCAUUGCUUUGGCCAGCCACAAUAAGUUCCAUAACAACUUGUACAGAGAUGCAAUUAUACUCGCGGUAUGUGACGCCUUCACCAGUUGGUUCGCUGGGUGUGUGGUGUUUGUCACGUUAGGCUACAUGGCACAGGAGGCGAACUUAUCUAUCAAAGAUGUAGUGGACCAAGGACCUGGAGUGGCGUUCAUUGUGUACCCGGAGGCCUUGGCUACUCUCCAGCUACCUCAGCUCUGGUCGGCUCUCUUCUUCUUCGUUCUUUUCACUGUCGGCCUCGAUUCUCAGGUAGUACAUAUACAGUUACUAUACACUGGCCUAUCAGACAGCUGGCCGAAGAUAUUCGGCCGCAGUCGACUAAUGACCGUAGGAGGCAUCAUCGUGGUAUCUGCAUUAGUAGGGAUAAUAUUCACCACACAAGGAGGCAUGUACGUGGUACAGCUAACAGACUGGUACGUUUCCAGUUUAUCACUUAUGGUGCUUGUAGGGAUGGAGGUCACCGUUUUAGCCUGGAUAUACGGUGCCGACCGUCUCUAUAAGGACAUAGAGGCCAUGAUUGGCUACCUGCCAACCAAACUGUGGAUGGUUUUAUGGAAGUUUAUCAACCCUUUUCUCUAUGCUGUAUUGUGGCUGAUAGGGGUCAUUAACCACAAAGCAGUGACCUAUGGUUCGACUCCCUACCCUGACUGGUCUAUAGGAAUCGGCUGGAUCAUCGCCAUUCUUCCGUUGUUACCAAUCCCAGUAACUAUGUUCAUUACUCUCAGACGUCAAAAGGGCAGUCUAAGGGAGAGAUUUUCUAAAGCACUGAAACCAACAAAUGAAUGGAAGCCAGCUGCUUCGUCACAUCUAGACGAUAAGGAAGUCGAAAUGAGACUGAAUGAACAAGGAGACGAGCCCAUGUAAAUGGUUUUAUCAUUUGUAUGUUUAUAUAACAAGGUUUCUGGUUUAUAUAAUACAAUAUAUUCACAACUUUUGCAUAAUAUUUUAACUAUUUAUAAUAAUGAUAGUUCGAGGUUCU